UCAUGAGCAAGUCUUGACGAGGCGGAAAACUCUAGGCCCCUACCGUAAACCUCCCUGUGAAUGAAUUGGUGGCUGCUGUGUAAACAACUCUCUCACUCCAUACUUACUGGUCUCUCUCUUUCACUACAUGGUUACCUGCUCUCUUUCUCUCUAACUGCCUUCAUGGAGGUCAUAGCCACUCACCCGCUAAAUUUCCAUGUCCAUUCACAUUUGCAGCACCGCAUAAACCCCCUCUUCAACCCCAACUUUCGAAUUCGCCUUUCCCCUAUUCGAUCCAAAUCUAUUAAUGAUAGCGUGUCGGUUUCAAGUGUUGCAUACAAGCCUGGCUUGCUAGACGAUGUUUUUCUACAGUUGUUCAGGAACAAAAUGGUCCAGGAAGUGGGUUGGGAUUCAGAGAAGCCAGGAUAUGAUGGAUUAAUUGAAGUUGCGCGACGUAUCAUGAGGAAUGGUCAAAACAAUGUGCAAGUCAAGCAAUCAGUGGUUCGGAUAUUGAGAUCAUUAUUCCCACCGUUCUUACUAGAACUCUUCCAAUUGCUCAUUGCUCCUAUAGCAGGAGGGAAGCUGGCUGCCAUGAUGAUUGCUCGGGUGACCACACUUACCUGUCAAUGGUUGAUGGGCCGUUGCACCAUAAACUCCAUUGAGCUUCCAGACGGAUCCUCUUGCAGUAGUGGGGUGUUGGUAGAGAGGUGCAAGUAUUUGGAAGAAAGUAGGUGCGCAGGUAUCUGCAUUAACACAUGUAAACUGCCCACUCAGACAUUCAUCAAGGAGUAUAUGGGUACACCUCUACUGAUGGAACCAAAUUUGAGCGAUUAUAGUUGUCAGUUCAAAUUUGGAGUCCCUGCGCCUCCUCCUGAGAAUGACGAAGUACUCAAAGCACCUUGUUUGGACAUAUGUCCUGAAGCUUCAGGCCAGAAAAGGCGUAAGAAUGAAAAUGCCAAUCCAACUCCAACUCAGUGCCCAAAGACAUGAAAUCCUCCCGCAAGGCUACAUACAAGCCCUGCUUGGAUGACACAUCAAGGCAAAGUCAUUAUGAAUGUUCAUACUUCACUUUCUCAUUGUAUAGUAACUUCGAUAUGAAGGAUAAAUCUACGCAUCUGUCGUGAUUCUUGAGCUAACAUUUUUUCGAUAGAAUGGUCAAGAAGACAUGGUUUCUUGA